CCCGUCAUGCACCGGUGUUUGAGCGGCACGGCGUCUCAACGUGUUCUGACCGUUCUGUCUCAGGGCAUGCAGCGCCUUGAUUGAGAUAAAAAUCAUUAACUCUGUGUGGAUUUUAAGCCGGUGGAUGAACUUAUAUAACUCCAGCUUUAUCUGAAAAGCGGAAUCGCGUCUAUUCGAGCGAGAUGUCUUUGGUUUGUGCGAUUUCCAACGAGGUGCCGGAGCACCCCUGUGUGUCUCCUGUCUCCAACCAAGUGUUCGAGAGGCGUCUGAUCGAGAAGUACAUCGCUGAGAACGGAGCCGACCCCAUCAACGGCCAGCCUCUGUCCGAAGAGCAGCUCAUCGACAUCAAGGUGUCUCACCCCAUCCGGCCGAAGGCUCCCUCUGCCACCAGCAUCCCUGCCAUCCUCAAAUCCCUGCAGGACGAGUGGGACGCAGUGAUGCUGCACAGCUUCACCCUGAGACAGCAGCUUCAGACGACCCGACAGGAGCUGUCCCACGCUCUCUACCAGCACGACGCCGCCUGCAGGGUCAUCGCACGCCUCACCAAAGAGGUCACCGCUGCCCGAGAGGCUCUGGCCACGCUCAAGCCUCAGGCUGGACUGGUGGCUCCUCAGGCGGCUCCUGCUUCCCAGCCGGCAGCUGUGGGAGCCGGCGGAGAGGCCAUGGAGGUCAGUGAACAGGUGGGCAUGACCCCGGAGAUCAUACAGAAGCUCCAAGACAAGGCCACCGUCCUGACCACCGAGAGAAAGAAGAGAGGAAAGACCGUGCCGGAGGAGCUGGUCAGAGCAGAGGAUCUCAGCAAGUAUCGUCAAGUGGCGUCCCAUGCUGGUCUUCACAGUGCCAGUGUGCCAGGAAUCCUCUCUCUGGAUCUCUGCCCAACAGACACCAACAAAGUCCUCACCGGUGGUGCGGAUAAGAACGUGGUGGUGUUUGACCGGCGAGAGGAGCAGAUUGUCGCCACCCUCAAAGGACACACUAAAAAGGUCUCGUCCGUCAUCUACCACCCCGGUCAGUCGGUGGUGUUCUCGGCGUCUCCGGACAGCACGAUCCGCGUGUGGUCGGUCACUGGGGGAAACUGUGUGCAGGUCAUCAGGGCCCACGAGGCAGGAGUCACCGGCCUCUCUCUGCACGCCACUGGAGACUAUCUGCUGAGCUCCUCUGAGGACCAGUAUUGGGCCUUCUCUGAUGUGCAGACUGGACGUGUGCUGACUAAAGUCACUGAUGAGACUGCUGGAUGUGCGCUGACCUGUGCUCAGUUUCAUCCCGACGGCCUGAUCUUCGGCACCGGCACAGCCGACUCGCAGAUUAAGAUCUGGGAUCUGAAGGAACGGACCAAUGUGGCGAACUUCCCCGGACACUCGGGUCCCGUGACGGCCAUCGCCUUCUCUGAGAACGGCUACUACCUGGCCACCGGUGCUCAGGACAGCUCACUCAAGCUGUGGGAUCUGAGGAAACUCAAGAACUUCAAGACCAUCACUUUGGACAACAAUUAUGAGGUGAAGUCUCUGGUGUUCGACCAGAGUGGGACAUAUCUGGCGGUGGGCGGCUCGGACAUCAGGGUGUACGUCUGCAAGCAGUGGUCCGAGGUGCUCAACUUCUCUGAUCACUCUGGCCUGGUGACCGGCGUGGCGUUCGGAGAACACGCUCAGUUCCUGGCCUCCACCGGCAUGGACAGAAGUCUCAAGUUCUACAGCCUGUGAUGAAGAUGAGGACGUGAACGCAUGCGCUCGGGCUCCCUCUGCUAAUCCGCUGUGUGUGUGUG